CAAACUAUACCACAAUGCCUCGCUACUCAAACGGCCAGAUGGUGGAGUACAAGCCCGUUGGAGGCCGAGACUCCAACACUUCCAAGAGCACUGGCACGAUCAAGUCCGUGCUGACUGAGCCUGGCAGACAGGCUGAUCGCAACGUCGAUGCCAGCGAGGAUAGCCCGAGAUAUGAGAUUGAGAAUGCAAACACUGGCAAAAUCACCACUGUUUAUGAAGACAAUAUUUUGGGCGAGGCUUAGAUAGCGUAGUAGUAACAAAUUUGCAGCUAGCUUUACGGUUAACUCAAAUAAAUGGAAAGGAUCAAUUGCUGUAUCAAGCUUUAGUAUCACCGAAUGCAAAAGUUUUAUUUUGUCUUUGCAAUUUACUUCAGAUGAAGAUCAUGUGCCAACUGUAAAUGUCGUGAUAUACUUACUCCAACUUCGUCAAUUGCGGUCCCUCCUUCGCCGCAGGCGCCGAAUGCCUAGUCUCCAGGUAAACCUUCUGUACGCCCCCGUUCCGCUCGUUGAACAAGGAAUACACCUUGUCGAUAUCCUCCAGCCUGAAGCGGUGACUGACCAUACGUAGCGGGUCGAUAUCACCCUUCUGGAUGAGGUUCAUCAGAUCGCCCCAGUAUUUCUGCACAGGGGCCUGGCCAUUCCCAAUAAGUCGCACGCCGGUCUGCAUGAGCGAGCCGAUGUUGAAGUGAUUUGUCUAG